UGUCCAUAUAAAGGCCAGUGGGAGGGAGAUUGGGGUGUCCUGUAGGGAACAUCCUCGUAUCUCCAGGCUCUCUUUUCUGCACCCCAGCUUUGAACUCUGAGCCUGACCUCCAGGACAUGGCAGGCUCUGCCACGGUCGUUGUCAGCCUUCUCCUGGUAGCCUGCACGUGCUGCCUCUUCCCCACAGACUCCGUGACCAUCCCCUCAUCUUGCUGCAUGUCCUUUGUUUCCAAGAAAAUUCCAGAAAACCGAGUGGUUAGCUACCAGUUGGCCAAUGGCAGUAUCUGUCCCAAGGCAGGGGUCAUCUUCAUCACCAAGAAGGGCCAUAGGAUCUGUACCGACCCCAAGCUGCCGUGGGUUCAGAGGCACAUACGAAACCUAGAUGCCAAGAAAAGCCAGCCUCCCAAAGGUGCCAAGGCAGUGGGCACCAAGCUUGCCGUCCAGAGACGCCGUGGCAACAGCACCAAGGUUUAGUCACCUCUCGUCUGUCCCCGAACUUGGACACAGCAUCUCUUUUAGGGAAUGUGUUUAUUCUGUGAGAGCCCGAGGGAGCUCCAAGCGCACCAGAGGUCUGUCUGGUGUUUCCUGUGCUGAGUGAGAAGAAGAAUGUCAUCUGCUGUCCUGUGUUCUCCUCUGUGUGACUCAAAGGCCUCAUCAGAGCCCGGGUGCGUGAGACCUGAGGACCUGCGGGUGUAUCUUGCUUGCUUUGAUGGGGUUCUUGCCUUAGGGUGGGGCCUGAGGGCUAUUUGUCUGUCCACCUCUGGGUGAAGAUCUGUCAACAGCAGCAACUCCCAAACACGUUGAUGGGUAUUCCAGGCUGGUCCCACAUCCAGUACUUGGAACAAAUAAAAAAGUUGGCAGAAAUGGAGGAUUUCGACGGCAACAUUUUCAAACCCGUCAGCCUUUGUAAAGCCGGAGAGGUCGCUCAGUUGGUGAUGUGCUCGCCUGGCGUGCACAGAACAUUGGGUUUCAACCACAGCACUGCGAAAACUAGGCAUGCCUGAGGAGAUCAGAAUUUCAGGCUUAGCCAGACAUCCCAGAAUUCAGAAGGCAGAGGCAGGAGCAUCUCUGUGAGUUCAGUGCCACCCUGAUCUACCUAGCAAGCUCCAGGACAGCCAGGGCUACAUAAAGAGACCUUCCCUCAAAUGUCCUUCCCUAAAAAAAAAAGUUCAGGGCUACAUAGCCACAUAGAAAAUUUGAGAGCAGCCUGGCCCUGUGUCUCUCUCUUCCUGCUGCCAAUGGAUCCAGAUGUAGAACUCUCAGUUACCUCCCCAGCACCAUGUCUGCCUGCACGCUGCCAUGUUUCCUGCUAUGAUGAUAAAUGGACUGAACCUCUGAACUGUAAUCCAGCCCCAAUUAAAUGUCGUCCUUUGUAA